GUUGCAUUGUCUUUAACAAGGUCAUAAAUUCGAGUUGGGUGACCGAAUCUUGGGCCAGCUAGUGUCUCAAGCAUCCUCUUACCUCACGUAGAAAAAUUUAUUUUUAUCCAACGCCAUGGUGAUAGGCUGCAGUGACGGAUUGAAGAAAAGCAGCCCGAGCAGUUAUCAUUCAAUGCGGACAUUAUCCAUAUAACUCUUAGAGAGAAAGCUUAAGCAAUUGGUGCACCCACUUUUUCAACGCGGCGUCCGUUGCAAGGAAGACGCAAGCAGACUCUGCCGGCCAAAACAUCAAGGUCACUCGAAAAAGUUUGGUGCCUUCUGAAACUUGAAGCUCUUCACUUCUCCAAGCUAUGGAGGGCAACAGAAGCACGGUGUGCGUGACGGGUGGUACUGGCUUCAUAGCUUCAUGGCUCGUCAUGAGGCUCCUCGAGCAGGGUUACUCGGUCCGGACCACCGUCAGAUCCAAACCAGAUGGCACCAGAGACAUCAGCUUCUUGAAAAAUCUACCAGGAGCAUCGGAAAGGCUCCGAAUCCUCACUGCUGAGCUCGGUGACCCCAAGAGUUUCGGCCCAGCCAUUGAUGGCUGUGUCGGAGUCUUCCACGUCGCCACCCCAGUGGACUUUGAGGACAGAGAGCCAGAGCCAGUCGUCACCAAAAGAUGCAUCGAUGGAGCAUUAGGCAUCCUGAGGGCCUGCCUGAACUCCAAGACCGUGAAGCGGGUUGUGUACACCUUAAGCUUGUAUGCAGUUCAACUUAACAACUCCAACGCUGAUAUACUGGAUGAGGACUCGUGGAGCGAUGUUGACUCCAUAAGAGGAAUCACGAGGUUUGCAGCUUCAUACGCAAUCUCAAAGACAUUGACCGAGAAGGCGGUUCUCGAGUUCGGAGAGAGGCACGGGCUGGAAGUGGUGACAGUCAUUCCCUCACUCGUUCAUGGACCAUUCAUUUGUCCCAAGUUCGCCUCAUCUGUCCAGAAUUCUUUGGCUUUGGUAUUAGGGAACGAGAAUGAUUACUCUAUUCUCCUCAGAGCAUCUCUCGUGCAUGUGGACGACGGUGAGCAGCACAUCUUCCUCUUCAAGCACCCCGACGCCAAGGGCCGGUACAUAUGUUCCUCAGCCACGAUGACCAUCGAAGAGAUGUGGAAGUUUCUCUCGGAAAGAUACCCGGAGUUUCAGAUACCCUCACUGGAGUCCUUGAAGGAAGUGAAAGGUCCCAGGCUCGCCAGCCUUUCGUCGAGGAAGCUGUUGGACACUGGCUUCGAGUAUAAGUACAGGAUCGAGGACAUGUUUGAUGGAGCUAUCCAGUGCUGCAAAGAAAAGGGCUUUCUCUAGAUCAAUCUCUGUUCCAUGUUUAUGAUAGAAUUCGGUGCCUUAGGCCGAGCAUAGUAAUGUUCAAAGUGAUAAAAUGGCAUCAUGCCAUACGGUAUGACCUAUUUCUAUUCUGAUCUGUCCUGGGUUCAUGUCAUAUGAUUUAUCCGAGGGCUUUGUGCGAGAUAUCAAACCGCGUGAAUAAUAUGGUACUGCUUGUUUCUGUC